AUGGUCAUUUGUUGUCAACUGCAGAGAUUAGCAAGAAAAACUGCAAAAAUUGGUCUCAGUGCAAUUAACUCGUUCAAGAAGAAGGCAUUGCAUCUUAUGGGCUGCCUUUGCUCCAAAGGCGCCAAAGAUGAUGCCAAUGCCACUUCUGGACGCAGAACACCAUCAAGGAAAAGUGACUCUGCUGCUGAUGCAGUUUCGAACAAUGGCAGUACAGCAGUGCUUAAUGCAAAGACCAAAGAAAAAUUGUCUGGUGGAGAAAAAGUAGUAGUAGCUUUAGAUGCUAGGAUCAGCAGUGGUAACAAUGCAGAGUUGAAGGGGCUCUCUGGUGAGCAUGUAGUUACUGGUUGGCCAUCUUGGCUCAUAAAUGUGGCACCUAAAGCAGUAGAAGGCUGGUUGCCUCGGCGAGCAGAUUCAUUUGAGAAAUUGGCCAAGAUUGGGCAAGGAACUUACAGUAUUGUGUAUAAAGCCCGGGAUCUCGAAUCUGGGAAGAUUGUUGCACUAAAAAAGGUGCGGUUUGUCAACAUGGAUCCUGAAAGCGUGCGCUUUAUGGCUAGAGAAAUCCACAUUCUUCGAAGACUGGAUCAUCCGAAUGUCAUAAAGCUUGAAGGGAUUGUAACAUCUCGUGUGUCGCAGAACCUCUACCUUGUCUUCGAGUACAUGGAACAUGACCUUGCCGGUCUUGUUGCAACUCCAGGCCUCAAGCUCACUGAGCCGCAGAUAAAAUGCUUCGUUCAGCAGCUGCUUCAUGGCCUCGAUCAUUGCCACAAAAACGGGAUUCUACAUAGGGAUAUCAAAGGCUCAAACCUAUUAAUUGACAGCAAUGGAAUACUCAAGAUUGGAGACUUUGGCUUGGCAAUAUCAUAUGAUCCCAACAAUCCGCAACCACUGACAAGCCGUGUUGUGACAUUAUGGUACAGACCACCGGAGCUUUUGCUGGGUGCCACAGAGUAUGGUGCUGCGGUGGAUAUGUGGAGCACAGGAUGCAUUGUGGCAGAAUUGUUUGCUAGCAAACCAAUCAUGCCAGGAAGAACUGAGGUGGAGCAAAUUCACAAGAUCUUUAAGCUAUGUGGCUCCCCAAGUGAGAAUUAUUGCAAGAAAUCAAAGGUGCCAGAAACAGCAAUGUUCAAGCCUCAGCAGCAAUAUAGGCGGUGUGUUACCGAGACUCUCAAAGAUUUACCCCCUUCAGCUGUACUUCUCAUAGACUCAUUGCUUUCACUAGAACCAGAAGUUCGUGGAACAGCCGCCUCAGCUCUUCAAAGUGAUUUUUUCAGAACCAAACCACUUGCUUGCGACCCUUCAAGCCUUCCAAAACUCCCACCAAGCAAAGAGUAUGAUGUUAGACUUAGGCAAGAAGAAGCGAGGAGGCAAAGAAAUGUGGCACUUGGCGGGCGAGGAGCUGAAUCUAUCAAACCUGGAAAUGAGAAUCAUGUAGCCAGUCGCGCCAUUGAUAUUGCUGCUGAAGUUAAGCAACCCACACAUAACACUUCGAAGAGCACCUGUGAGAAGUUCAACACCGAGGACAGUGUGCCAGGGUUCCGGGUAGAGCCGCGGGCAUUGCCAACCUCAAUGCAGGUUCCUGAAUGUGGAACCACAUGGAAUAACACAGGGGGUUACGCCAAUCAUCGUUCGGUUCUCGGUCGUGUUUACAGCUCUGUUCGUGUUGCGAGGAAGAAAGGAUCAUCAAAUUCAAAUAUACCGCAGUAUGACGCUGCAGAUUUGAGGAAUGGUAUUGAGAUUACUGAUCACAACCAGCAAGCAGAUAGGCCUGUCUCUUCUCAGAAGAAGGACCAGCAGGACCAUGGAAGAAAGUACAAAAGGAUCCACUACUCUGGGCCAUUGAUGCCACCAGGUGGGAACAUCGAUGAGAUGCUCAAGGAGCAUGAGAGGCACAUCCAAGAAGCGGAGCUGGAUUUGAAACUUCAAACGAACAGUCUCGUGGCUCUUCAGGACCUGAUCGCAGCAUGA